GGUUUAUGAAACGAAUCGAUUUUGUUUGCUUUCUGGGUUCUAAUUCGUCUUGAGCAAUCUCUGGGGUAGGGUGCCGAAAAUCUCUCUGUGGGAAUCGAAAUAAUUGGAAUCUCUCAGAAGUUUUUUGUUCAUUUAAUAAGAUUUUGUUUCUAGAGUCGUCUGCUCAAGAGAAUCAAAUUCAAUUUCCGAUUUUUCGUUUGAUAAAACAAAUUUUCAUCUGUUUUUGUAUUGGCAUUUUAGUUGGUAAGGAUGAUAAUUGGGUGCAGCACGCCAAGUGCACAUGUUCUUACGAGUUCCCGGGCAUUCAAGUCAUCAUCAUACAGAGCUGCAUCAGGACGGACUCAACAUUAUCUUGCUCGAAGCUCAUUGUGUACCUCUGUCAUAUCUUUCAGCCUCGUCUUCUCUACUUCUGAAUGGAGAACAAGGUAGUCUGUCUGGUACAUUACCUGUGUUACCCGUCCGCAGAAAAACUCUUUUGACUCCACGAGCAUCAAAAGAUGUUCCUUCUAGCUUCCGAUUUCCCCCGAUGACCAAGAAGCCACAAUGGUGGUGGAGAACUUUGGCAUGUCUGCCUUACCUAAUGCCACUGCAUGAAACUUGGAUGUAUGCAGAAACCGCUUACCAUCUCCACCCAUUCCUAGAAGAUUUUGAAUUCUUAACCUACCCAUUUCUGGGAGCCAUCGGAAGAUUACCAAGCUGGUUCCUCAUGGCUUACUUCUUUGUAGCUUAUCUAGGGAUAGUGCGAAGAAAAGAAUGGCCUCACUUCUUCAGGUUCCAUGUAGUGAUGGGUAUGCUGCUUGAAAUCGCACUCCAGGUUAUAGGAACAGUUAGCAAGUGGAUGCCUCUUGGAGUCUAUUGGGGUAAGUUUGGGAUGCAUUUCUGGACCGCUGUUGCGUUUGCUUAUCUGUUUACCGUCCUUGAAAGCAUACGGUGUGCACUUGCGGGUAUGUACGCAGACAUCCCAUUUGUCUGUGAUGCUGCGUAUAUCCAGAUUCCCUACGACUAAGAAGAAACAACAAUAGAUCGUUAUAACUCUUUCUUUUGUUAAUGUGUUUGUUAGGGCCUGGUGUUGUUACAAUUUCUCUUCUUGAAUGACAAUUAUGUUUGUAGUAUUUCAUCGUUUCGUGAACUCAGUCGUCAAACUUUUGAACAUGGAUGGAUUGGCUAUGAAACCAAAAAAUCUGAAGUGUUAAG